UUCGUGUUGCAUGUACGCGUGCGCUCCUUCGUCUGUCUUCGGCGUUUAUGUUUGUGUGCGUGUGCUUGAGUCUGCUUUACCGAACCGGAUUAGCGCGUUUGUUACGGUUCCGGCCCGCUGAGGCGCGCGACAUGGCGGCGGCCUCAAACUCGAGCCCGAACUCAAAUCCCGGCCGGAGCUCAGGUUCGAGUUCAGGCGCGAGCCCGGAGGAGGCGCACCGGUCCGCGGCGGCGGCGGCGGCUCUGGCGAGUGACGGUGAACCGGAGGAGGCCGAGCAGUUCUCCUCAGCGCUGCACUGCUCGGAGCUCGCGCGGCGACAGAACGAGCAGAGAAAACUCGGACUCUUCUGCGACGUCACGCUCGCGUUCAGCGGCUCGCGAGGCGGAGGAGAGGGCGCGGGCUGCGGGUUCGAGCUCGGUGCGCACCGAUCCGUGCUCGCAGCCGCCACCGAUUACUUCACCCCGCUGCUCGGGGGCCAGUUUGCGGAGUCCGUGUCGCGGCGCGUGGAGAUGAAGGAGUGGAGCAGCGAGACGGGGCCCGAGCGCGAGACCGUCGAGAGUGUCGUGCAGUUCAUGUACACCGGAGAGAUCCGCGUCAGCACGAGCAACGUGCACGAGGUCCUGGAGCUCGCGGACAGGUUCCUAUUGGUGCAGCUGAAGGAGUUCUGUGGUGAUUUCCUGAAGCGGAAGCUGAGCCUGACGAACUGUGUGGCCGUACACAGCCUGGCACACAUGUACACAUUGGAUCAGCUGGCGUUACGCGCUGCUGAAAUGAUACGCCGCAACUUCCACAGGGUGAUCCAAGACGACGAGUUCUACACACUCCCAUUCCACCUGGUGCGUGAUUGGCUGAGUGAUGCCGAGAUCACGGUUGACUCAGAAGAGGUUUUGUUCGACGCUGUUGUUAAGUGGGUGCGUCGUGGCAGUGAGGACCGCGAGCGGCACUUUGAGGAGCUUUUCCGUCUCCUUAGGCUGCCUCAGAUCAAGCCCACUUACUUGACAAGGGUGGUAAAGAAUGAGCCACUCGUGGCGCGGAACGAGGCGUGUCUCAAACUCGUCUCGGAUGCUGUGGAGAGUCACGCCAUCCGUUUUGAAAACCAUAAAAAGUCAGCGUCUGAUUCGGAAUUCUGGGCCGCUUUUCAGCCUCGAUUUGGACAAAACAUGGACGUCAUCAUGGUGGUCGGUGGUGUUUCAGAAGGAGGCGACUAUUUGAGUGAGUGUGUCGGGUAUUUCGUGUACGAAGAUCGUUGGGUGAACCUUCCACAUAUCCAUAAUCACCUUGAUGGCCAUGCAAUCGCAGUUACAGAUUCGUACGUCUAUGUCGCAGGAUCAAUGGAGCCUGGAUUUGCCAAAACGGUGGAAAGAUACAAUCCGAAUCGCAACACUUGGGAGCAAGUGAGCAAUCUUACGACCCGUAAGCACUCGUUUGGCCUGACGUGUGUCAAAAAUAUCCUCUACAGCAUUGGAGGGCAUGGGAAUUUCAGCCCAGGAUUCAAGGAUGUCAGCGUUUAUGAACCGGAGCAGGACAAAUGGCACAAUUUGGAAUCGGCACCAAAAAUUUUGCGAGAUGUGAAAGCAAUUAGCGUCGAAGAUCGCUACGUUUACGUAACGGCGAGGACACCUGUGGAUACAGACAAUGAUGACGGGCUCAAGACAGUGACGACGCGCUACGACACCGAGAGUCGCCAGUGGCAAGAAGUUGAUUCUUUGCCCCUGAUUGACAAUUACUGCCUCUUCCAGAUGGCUGUGGCGUCCACAAAUUUUUACCACACCGCAUCCUGCUGUCCGAGAAGCUACACCAAUGUCCGAGAUGAAGCCGUUCGGCAGAAAAUUAGUGCUCGAAUCUCAGAUGAGAUUCUUGAAAGCCUGCCUCCGGAGGUCACCAGCGUUGAAGGAGCCGCCGUGUGCUUCCUCGGAGACGACGUGUUUGUCAUCGGUGGUUGGAAAAACAGCGAUGAUGUGGACAAGCAGUACCGAAAAGAGGCGUACCGGUACUGCGCUGAGAGGAAGCGAUGGAUGCUGCUUCCUCCAAUGCCACAGCCUCGUUGCCGGGCGACCGCGUGCCAUGUUCGAAUCCCCUACCGCUUCUUGUAUGGGUGCCAGAGGUAUCCGAUGCCACAGAAUUUAGCGCGACAGCGAGACCGGAUGCAGCAGAUGCAGCAGCUUCAUCGGCGCACCCUCACCCUGCGCAGGCAGCUGCAGUCCCAGAUUGAAUGCUGAAGGAAUAAACAAUAUUGGGAGCUUUUUGGGUCCAAGCUGAAGGAAGAGCCACCAGGUUGUGAUGAGGAGCUGCUGUGAUUUUGUGAAUACCUUUAACAUCUUUUCAUCCAGCUUUCAUCUUUUCACUGGGGAAAUGGAUAUCAGCAACUUUGUGUGUUGAGAGUAAUGGCAGUGCUGGAAAAAGUCCUCCAGGUCACUUGCGGGUGCAGAUGAACAAAGAGACAUGAUAUUGUUUCUGCCAUUUUCAUUGUGUAUUAACGCUUCUGUGUAAAUAUUUUUUUUUUUUUGGGGGGGGGGGGGGUCCUGUAUGAAAGUCCUCAUGUCCACUGGGGGUGUCGAUGAACAAUGAGCUCUAAAUAACAUUCUACCAUUACGGGUUUCAUGUUGUGUUCUGUAUAUGAUUUGUCAAGCUUUUUGCAGAGACCAAACAAUAUAAAUAUUUUGUCACUGAUUAAUUUUAAGGAGUUGAAAACUCUCAAUAUUGAGAGGCAAGCACCAGUGGGUUUUUCAGCAAAUUCAUAAACAACCAUGACUAAACCUCUAUACAUAGCUUGAGCUUUUUUUUUUUUUUUGCGCUUAAAGGUCAAGAGAUGGUGAGUUUAAAGCCUGAUGAUGUCACUGUUGUCCAACUACAUUUAUGUACAGCAUCGCUUCCUGUGAAUGUUUAGGCCCCGACCCCAAGAUUAGCGCCUGUAUAGUGUUUGAUGGCUGUUCAAAACAUGUAAGGUUUUCAUGUUAAAUGCUUCUAGUGAUUCCAGUAAGUCCAUGAAACGUGCAAUAUAAAGUACUUAUUUAACUCUCAGGCUGUAGUUUUCUUGGUUAAAAUCAGUUUCUGCUAAGAAUUUGAGCUUAUUUAUAUCCUCUACUGGGAGGUGUUUCAUAAUUCACCCGCCAUAGAUUAUUUUCUACUCAUGUCUGAUGCUCAAAAAGUCCUCUAGGCCACUAGAGGGCAAUGAAGAAUAAACAACAUUCAGCCAUUACGGAAGCCACUGUAAACUUGAACCAUUUUGCAUUUUGCUGUAUGUUCAGACCUGCCAACUGCCACUCAAGUUUUAGUUUAAAUGUAGUAGAUAAUAAAGUUCACAUGCAAAGUGGUACCAUUAAAACCCCUCUGUAUAUAAACACACUCCAAUUUCUACCUUAGAAAAGUGAUUGUGAAGGAUCUGUAUCAGAAAUAUAUGGUGUAAUACUACACGUUAUUUCUCUUUUUGGUUGGCAUGUCUGAAUAUUUGAUGUUUCUUUUUUCUUGAGUGUAAGUUAAGGGGCGGGGUUUGUAUUGAAGUGUGUGUGUGUGUAAGUAAUAUUAACUGUAUUAUAUAAUGACUGCUCCCGAGGUCACGUAUAUUGUUCGUAUCAUUGUGAGUUUUGUAUAGGUUGGAUAUAUGAGGUGUCGCUUUAUCGGCUUGCUUCAGUAUUUGCCUUAAAUUUUCCAGAUGUUUUGUCACAAAUGAAGAAUCAGCAUCGUUGUCAGUGAUUAUCUGCUUCACUGUGAGACAAUUAUCACUUUUCAGUAUAUUGUAUCUUCAUUUAUAUAAUUUUUCAACAAGUCAGCUAUGCAUAGCUGCAGCAGAUAAGCUUUGCUAAUUAUUCUACAACCAAAAUGUAAUUUUUUUUUUUUUUUUACUUGCAUGUGUAGCGUCUUCUUGCACUUUGCCACAUUUCUGACUUGCAUAUUUUUGUUUCUUCACUAGGUUCUGCACUUGAAACUUGAAAAGCACUUCUAAGGGAGUCAUUAGUGGUAAUAAGGCGGUGUUCCAAUACAACCUUAUCGACCUUGUUUACUUCAUUUAUUUACGUCUCCUUGUUCAUGUUAAUUGCAGAUCCAUUAGUUUAUAACCUUUACUAACCCAUAAGACAUUUGCUCCCUUUUCAUAGGCACUGCUUCCUUCAAAAUGGCGGAUGAAGUCUAAACAGGAUCGGUAUCGUACUUCAGUCUUAGUGUGUUUGGGUUUUGUGUCUGUCCUGACUAUGAUCCUGCUAAUCGCCAUAUCUGGUAGUUAGCAAGCUAAGAGCAAUAUUUUAUGUAAUAUUUAAAAAAAAAUUUUUUUAGAUAACAGGUGAGAUGAGGACGUUACUUUCUUCAUUGCUUUCUUUAUUUUGCUAGUUAGCAUGAAGGCUAAUGGGUGAGCCGAUACACGUCUGUAGAGAUACCGUUAGAAGGAAACUCCAGGUCACCGAGGCCGUGUUCUUCAGCGUACAGAACGCAGUGCGGAGUUUAAGCAAAAAGGGGCCAUUACAGUCAUUUAUUGUCUAACCGUGUUAUAUGAUGGUGAUAUUUUCUACCUCACUGCUUCCUCACACUGAUAAGAAAUCCUGAUCAUCUCAUUAUUACGAGAUAUCUAUUGUUACAAGAACAGUGUCUCGCAACUGCAAAAAAAAUGUAUUAUGUGAAAUGUUAUUAAACAGCUCUUUAUUACUAGAACAGUAUCUUUUUAUUUCGAGAACAUUUUAUUAUGAGAAAAGCAUCUUAUUACUAGAUGAAACCUACAAGAGAACAUUUCAUUAUUACAAGAAUACAAUUAGUUAUGAGGGGACAUUUCAUUACUACAAUAAAACUCAACAUUUCUUGAUAAUGAAAUAUUUUCUUGUAAUAAUGAGUUGCGUAUUUUGUUUUGGGGUUUUUUUGUGUAGUAGCAAGAUUCUUUUCUUGUAAAAGAUUCGUAUCUGAUAAUAACAAGAGGCUAAUGUUAAAUUUGUUUUCUUGCGUGGCAGAAAUACGCUUUUAUACAUAAUUCCCAUGGUAGUUUUUAAUUUUUAUUGUCCCACACUGUGUGUGAAAUGUGGUGUGAAACUUCUUUUUUCUGUUCAGCAUAAUCAAGUGAUAAAUCAGCUCCUGUACUUGUUUAAUAUAAUUUUUAUCAUGUAUUAUUGUUCGUCUGAGUGAUUGUAAAUAUUACAUUCCAUCAGUGUUUGUGUCUCCACAUGCACCCACACUUUUUUGCCAUUUAAAUAUUUAAUUUGAUUCAUGAGUCACAAAUCUAUUCCUUUUGUUCACGUUCUUUUCUUUUGCAAUGCCAGUGUAAGAAUGUUUUGUUUGUUUUGUUUUUAUUUUUAGCAUCUGAUUUUUAACAGCUGUGACUUUUUAUGGAGGUUCUGAUAGAAAAACAAUCUGACUCGAGAAGUUCAUCAGUCUUAUACAGCAGACCGCGAAGACCAGGAGUUAUUUUUAUUUAUUCUGUCCUCUAAUCUCAAGAUCAUGACUUAAUAUUUCUUCUCGUGAUCUCAAUAUAACAAAAAAUACAAUUGUCAGUAUACAUAUUUUGAAAUAAUAUAAAAAUUAAACAUUGCUGCUACAUUGAAAACACUUGCUACAUUAAUGCUAUACCAAGACAGUCACUGUCACUAAACGUAUCUUCGUUAGCUAUGAUCACAGUAUAAAAGUAUUAAAUGAAUCAUGUAUUCAAUGAAUUGUUGCACUGAGUUGUAGCUGAACAUUUAGAGAAACUAGCUAGAUCAGUGUCAGGACUUGAACACCACCAACAUCCACAUCAGGUGAGAAGUGUAAAGUGAUUUACAAAUAUUGUGCAUUUUGUUUAAAAGUGGUCAUUAGUGUCCUUUGAACAAAAUCAGUCAUUUGUCAGUAAAACAAGGUUUGUUAUCUUGAGAUCAUAGAACAGAAGAGUAACUCAUGGCCUCUGAGGAUUUCUAUUAUUGCCAUGUUUGCCUGAAUGAAUAAUGUUUAUUAUUAUUAAUCUCAAGCUGCAAAUAUUUUCAAACUGAUGUGCUGAUAUUGUGAGCUAUGGUAGAAAUAUAUGUACAUCUAUUAUCGCUGAAAUGUUUUACACUCCAGCUGAAAUAACCGAGCUUGUGGGAAAAUAUUCAACAUUAUAUUAUACUAGUGCACUAAACGUCUUUUAAGCAUUCUUAUUGAGACUUUGGGAUUGAUGUCUGUCUCCUGCUAUGGUGAGCAAGUCCAAAGAAGUUCCUGCCUGUGAGAGAAGUGUGUGUGCGUGCGUGUCUGUCUGUCUCUGAAGCUAGACUAAAUGUGCCAGAUAUGUUUAGAAAAAAAGGAAAAUGAUCAUGUUGAUACUUCCCCCCUGUGAAAUUAAUUUAAAAUCUGUAAAGAAAGUGUGUGUGUGUAUAAUAUAUCAAUAUAUUGCAUUAUAUAUUUUGCUUUGCAUGUAUUAGCAGGAAUGCACAGCAAGAUGUGGAUUGCAAUAAAAAGAUCAAAAUUU